AUGCCUUCACUCCACUCUGGCACCAGUUCGGAGUCAUCCAGCCCGGUGCAGAAAAACGUGAAGAAGUGGUGGAAAGAGAGCACAGUAUACCAAGUCUACCCAGCAUCUUUCAAGGACUCUGAUGGAGACGGUAUCGGGGACUUACAGGGUAUCCUAUCCAAGCUAGAUUAUAUCAAAAGUCUCGGGGCCAACACAAUAUGGCUCAAUCCGAUCUUCUGCUCUCCCCAUGUCGAUAUGGGAUACGACAUCAGUGACUACUAUAAUAUUUAUCGGCCCUAUGGGACAGUCGAAGAUCUUGAUCAAUUAACAGCCGCGAUCCACGAGCGGGGAAUGAAGUUGGUCCUCGAUUUAGUUGUAAACCAUACUUCAGACCAGCAUCGGUGGUUCCAAGAAGCGCGUUCGUCAAAGGCUAACCCCUACCGUGACUGGUACAUCUGGAGGAAGCCGGUAUAUGGAAAGGACGGAAAGCCUCAGCCACCGAACAACUGGAAGUCUUACUUUGGGGGAAGUGCUUGGGAAUACGAUGAACCGUCCGGUGAAUACUAUUUGCAUUUAUUCGCAAAGGAACAACCAGAUCUGAACUGGGAGAACCCCUACGUUCGCGCAGCUGUGCACGACAUCAUCCGCUACUGGCUCAAUAAGGGCGCCGAUGGUUUUCGAAUGGAUGCGAUCAACCUUAUCAGCAAGGAUCAGAACUUCCCUAAUGCCGAGAUAACGAACCCAGAUUCGCCGUGGCAGAACGGAACGAAACAUUUUGCAUGCGGCCCAAGGCUCCAUGAAUACCUUCAAGGUAUUGGCAAGAUACUGAAGCAGUACGAUGCUUUCUCAGUUGGUGAGAUGCCGGAAGUCUACGACCUUAACGAGAUGCUGAGAAGCGUCGGGAGCGAUCGUAAUGAAUUGAGCAUGGUCUUUCACUUUGAGACGGUUUCCCUCGACCACGGGCCAGGAGGCAAGUUUACAUCCAGAAAAUGGGAACUACACGAGCUGAAAGCCAUCGUGUCGCGAUGGCAAACAUUCAUGCACGAGAACAACGGCUGGAACACACUGUACCUCGAAAACCACGAUCAGCCACGAAUUGUCUCGCGAUUUGGCUCCGAUGAGCCUGAGUAUCGCGUGCCUUCGGCAAAGAUGCUGGCCACUUUCCUGGGCUUCCAGAGCGGGACUCUGUUCAUUUACCAAGGCCAAGAGCUGGGAAUGCCCAACGUGCCCAAACACUGGGGAAUCAACCAGUAUAGGGAUAUUGAAACCUUAAACCAUUGGAAUGAGAUCAUCACCAACGCUCCACAAAAUACCCCACUACAUGAGGCCUGUCUUGCUGAAUACAGAUUAAAGUCGAGGGAUAAUGCACGGACACCCAUGCAGUGGGACGAUUCUCCCAACGCUGGCUUCUCGUCCGUCCGGCCAUGGCUUCCCGUUCACGAUGACUACAAGAAUCUCAACGCAGUAGACCAAGUCAACGAUAAGGAUAGUGUGUACCACUACUGGGCUAGCGUGCUGCGACUACGGAAAGCGUGCCCCGAUAUCCUAGUAUAUGGGUCGUUUGAGCUCCUAUCUCCUGAGCAUCCAGACUUAUUUGUCUACGCCCGAACAGCCUCUUCUGGCCGAGCUGUGAUAGUCACCAACUUUCGCCAACACGAAGUAACCUGGUCUGUCCCGGAGAAAACCUUUAACUCCUCCGGGGAUAUCGCACUUUCUAGUUACCCUGGCCGAACGAGCCAUUCCUUAUUUCAACCAACGGUUACCAUCAAGCCUUUCGAAGCGUUUGUCUGGCUCAGUGGGACCGAAACAUCACGACUGUAG